GCAAAGGGGCGGGUCUUCCGUUCAGGUACGGAAGUAGGGGGUGUCUGUGGUUGAAGCGCCACAGGUGAGCGACAGUUGAAGGGAACUCGUCGCCCGCAUAUGCGAAUUGUUGUUUAAAUGUUCUCAUAAAUGCUAGCAGAGAGACUUGUAGUGUGAAAUGACAUAAGAGAAGAGGACGUCAAUGAUGGUGAACAUGGGAGUGUGCUGCGCCAGCCUCAAAGACAACAAAACCCUGAUGAAGAUGGGCUUGGGGCUGGUGCUGGUGGGCCAUGUCAAUUUCCUCCUCGGGGCGCUGGUGCACGGUGCUGUGCUCAGGCACAUUAACGUGCACACCGAGGCCCGCAUCAUGGUGUAUGCCAUCUCUAAUGUCAUUGCCAUUGUGGCCGGACUAAUGGGAAUUAUAGGUGGAAUAAUUGCCAUUGUCCUUUCCAAAAACAAGAAAAACAGGAUCCUGAAGUGGGUCCUGCUGGUGUUCAGCUUCGUGGCAGGGCUCUUGGCUGUCGCCUCCACCUUGGGGCUGCUGGCUUCCGUGGUCACCGCUAUUAUUCAUAAAGGACGGAUCCUGCUGACACAUUGCACUCUUCUCAAGGGUGAUCUUGGAUCUUCCAGUAUAACCUAUGAAUGCCCCUUUGACCCCACCCGCAUCUAUAGCACCACAAUUAUUCUGUGGGUGCCACUCAUCUUGAUGUCCGUGGUGGAAAUGGUGUUUUCAUUCCGCUGCUUCGCUGCCUGUACAUCGUUCCUCUAUCUUUGUCCAUGCAGGCGAAGGCCCACUCUGGCAAAGAGGGUCCGCAUCCAGAGGGCUGUUGAAAUUCCCAAAUCGCCUCCAUCAGAGCAGCUGACCGAACUCGACACUGAAGCCGCAGAGCAGGAUGAGCUACUGGACAGCAGCGCUGUACCGGAGCAGAGCCACUGGCUAUGAGCAUGUUAAACCUAAUGAGAUAGGUUGGAAACUGGACUUUUUAAAUCUAGGACUUGAGCCACCAAAUGCAAAGUCUUAUUUUCCUACAUAUGCAAAAAAAAAAAAAGACUUGUUUAAGCAUUGCCAUUUUAUAUACUGAUCAGAUUGUGUAUUAAAAUUGUUAAUACAGCAGUCACAUUUUCCACUUACAGAACAAUGCUAUAUUACCUUUGUAGGUAUUUUAUUGGUAUUAAAGGUUUGUGAUUUAAAUGAAAUUUAAAGCAUAUUUAUUUAGAAAGGUUCUCCUUACAAGUGAAAGUAUUUGAAGUCCAUGGAAUUAUAGCUAAAAUCUGCUAUUUAGAAUAACUAAAUAGUGCUAACAUCUGAAACUACUAAAAACUACUCAAGGACACUCAAGCAGAGAAGACCACUGACACAGAAGUAUUAUAGAAAAGUAUCUAUUAUACAAACAUGCAUGAACGCAGAGGCACGGGACAGUGGGACUGAAAGAAAAUGAUAUAUAUAAAAAAAACAAAACAAAGGGGUAGCCAAAAGAAUCUGAUUUAAAUAAAUUAAAUCUGUCAGAUAUAAAACCAUACAUGUGCUAAGCCAUUUUAACAGUUGCCUGACAUAGGAAAUGCAAACAGUGAAGCAUAAAAAAUUUGGGUGAGGAUGAGCAGUUUACAAAAAAAAAGAAGAAAAAAAAACAAUACUCAAAACAUUUAUUCUGACUUCAGUCCAUAAACAGUAAUAUUGGAAAGGUGUCCUAAGAAAGAAAUGUUUCCUGUCCCAUUUCAUAUCCUAUACCAUAGAGCCCCCCCCCAAAUUCGCAAAAUAAAAGAAUCUUGCUUUAAGAUCGUUUCUGCCCAGCAUUGGCAUCAUUAGGUGCAGACGACCUUAAGGUGUCUUCGACUCCUCUUUCGGCCUAAAGGAGCAGUAUGUGGCAUGAUUAACUAUUGCUUGAACAACAUGGAUGUCAAGUGUGUUUUUCUCACUUUGAUGUGUCCAUUUUCUCCUCCUCUGGGGCCUUCUCUUCUUCUUUCACUUCUGUGAACCAGAUUUGCAACUAAGCCAUUUAAAGCAGUGACAACAAAUGCUGUGCUCAUACUUGAGACAUUUUCCAAAGGGAACGUAUUUACUGAUGUGACUGUACAGGUGCACUUCAGCUCUGAAAGUGUUUUAAAAUACGGAUUUCAUCGACUGUACAUGUGGACACUCUAAGGUAACACAAGCACCAAACUGUAUUUCACUCAUUGUAAGCAAAACAUGAAUAAAAUAAGUAAAAUAUGAUAAGACGUGAUGUU